AAGCCCCAAAUAGCGGGACUGUCCCUAUAAAAUCGGGACAUCUGGUCACCCUACCCACGGCCAGGGGCUCAUCCUUCGCCUGGCAGUCCUGGCCUGGGGGUUCAGCUCGGCCCUGCUCAUUCACUCCCGGGAUUUCAGAGCUGCAGAGGGUUCCCUCCUCUGCCGCAGCACCCGUGACACCCAAUCCCUGAAAGCACAGGGUGGGAGCUGUAGUUUGCAGUCCUGGCAGAUCACAGCAGAGACACACACACUGCAGCCUUCCCUGUACCUUGUGCCUGCAGGGGUCAGGUGCCAACAGCCCCCAGCAAAAAAGGGUGAUCUCUGUAACUCCACGAUCACAGCCCCGCUCACUCCUGUUUGGAAUGGCUGGGCUACAACGACUUCCCUACACUGCCCCAAGAGCCAUUCAGCAGCAGGGUAGCCUGCCCCAGGGCCGGGGGUUUGUCCUCCCCACUGUCCUGGCCAUAGUUCUCUGUGCCACGUGCUGUGGAGAGAAGGGGUUUGGGUUACUGCAGUUCAGCUCUCCGGGUUUUGGCUACGGUGAUCACGCUGCACUGGAUUUCAGCUUGGUGAUUUCUGAGCAAUUCUCCAACCUGUCCAGGUGGAUGAAUUCUAACCCUGCCCUCCCAAGUGCUACGCCCCCUCCCAGCUGUAAACCUUAUCAGCGCACCCUGCCCACCUAUAUCCCAGGCCUGACUGAAAACACUGACCAGGAGCGGCCCGAAGUGCCCCCAGCCUGACUGGGAACCACUGACCUCUGCCCGUCCAGCGGGACCUUCCAAGGCGCGGCCGAGUCGGAGCAGAGGCUGAACCUUGCUGAGGCCCAGCGCUGGCAGAGAAAGGGGGCGCUGCCUAGAGGAGGCCGGGGCUAGGGUCACGUCCCGGGGGUAGGAGGAGCGCGGCUGCUGGGGUUACCUGUCUGCCGCAGCUCGGUUAACGGCCCCCGUGCUGCGAGCGCCGCGCCCCUCCCCGCCCGCCAGGGCAGGAGUCAGGCCGUUCCGCGCACGCGGCGCGGGGGGCUCAGGGUUUCGCCCAACGGUCACUCGGGACGGGGGCGGGGCUGGCUCCUUUCCGCUCUCCCUGUUCCUAGGACCCCAGCGCCGGCCCUGGCCUAUGCCAGCCGCGCGGCCGCCUCCGCCGUUUGCAGGCGGCUUCUUUGGGCGCCAAGGCCCCCAGCGGGCCUCUUCGGCCCGGGACCGGCCCCGCCCCGUCUCCGCUGCAGCGGGAGGAGCCCCGGGAGCGCGCUCCGCCGAGCGCGCAGCCCGGUGUCUCGGUGGCGGCCAUGGCGGCGGCCUCGCAGCGGGACCCCGGGGACUGGCAGGAUUUCUCCGGCUUCCAGCCCCCCGCAGGGAGCAGCCCCGAGCCGGCCCGGGACGGGGGCACUUGGGGGCCCGGAGCCCUGGGGGACAAGCUGCUCCUCUGCUUCAAGCCCCCCCCGCCUCGGGACGGCGGCAGCGAGAGCCGGGUCCCGCUGCGGCCCCUCAGCGAGCAGAGCGCCCUACAGGAAGACGAGAUUUGGAAUGCUUUGACUGAUAAUUAUGGUAAUGUAAUGCCAGUUGAUUGGAAGUCCUCCCACACCAGAGCUUUGCAUAUGCCAACACUGAAUCUCUCAGAAAAAGGGUUAAAUGAACAUUUGAACCUUGACCUAUCAGAUGAUGAAGAGCUUCGAGAACAGCUGGAUAUGCACUCUAUUAUAGUUUCCUGCAUCAGUGAUGAACCUCUGUUCACAGCAGAGCAGGUGAUUGAAGAAAUAGAGGAAAUGAUGCAGGAAUCACCUGACCCAGAAGACGAAGAAACACCCACCCAGUCAGACCGGCUCUCCAUGCUUUCCCAGGAAAUUCAAACACUCAAGAGGUCCAGUACAAACAACAGUUAUGAAGAGAGAGUACAAAAACUGUCUGUUGCUGAACUAAAUGAACUACUAGAAGAAAUUGAGACUGCCAUUAAGGAUUAUUCUGAGGAGCUGGUACAGCAGUUGGCUCUAAGGGAUGAGCUGGAGUUUGAAAAGGAAGUGAAAAAUAGCUUCAUUUCUGUCCUCAUCGAAGUACAAAACAAACAGAGAGAACACAAAGAAACAGUGAAGAAGAAGAAAAAGCUGAAAAAUGGUAGUCCUCAGAAUGGCAAACAAGAAAGAGGUCAUAUGCCUGGAACAUACUUAACAACAGUCAUUCCUUAUGAGAAGAAAAGUGGACCCCCCUGUGUUGAAGAUCUACAAACAUUAACCAAAAUCCUUUAUGCUAUGAAAGAGGACAGCGAGAAAGUGCCAAGCUUAUUAACAGACUACAUUUUAAAGGUUCUGUGUCCGACAUGAAAAGUGCUGCUUUACUUCAGAAGUAACCAUGCUCCUUCCUGUGACAAGAAGCUUUCCAGAGAUAGUUCAUAGUAUUUUCUUUUCAUUUGGCACUGUAUCUAAACCUGUAUGUAUUUACUUUCCAUGUCUGUUUGGAUUUUUGGAUCAUACAGUAGGCCUUUUGGGCAUGAUGAUAGAAUUUAUGCACUUUUCAUUUGAUGGUGCAAUGUGCUUGAGCAUAGAACAAACAUUGUACAGUUUUACUCACAAGCUUUGGUUUGGCUUUUUAAAAUCUAUUUUACAUUGUGUAACAUAGUAAUCCCUCCCACAUAUUUCAUUGUUGGGGAAAGAAAACUAAACUUUAAAUACUGUAAAUAAAAUAAGCCUAUAAUUUUAACUAAUCUGCAGUAAAACUAAAUAAAUAAAUAAACCCUCUGUUCUUAUAUCAAACUUGCAAAAGGGAUCAUAGCCAAGCCUGCACUGAAGAAUUCCAUUGAAGUUCUUUAGUGGACACUCCAAAACCGUGAUAAUGGAAACUGGCACUGAACACUUUUUUUAAAAGCAGUAACUUAGAUUAAAACUAUAAUACUGUAUUGUUCAGACACUGAACAAAUGUUCUGAUGCUCUACAGGAAGAAGAAUCAGUAUCUCUGCUCCCUUUACUUGCUACCUGAUUUACAUAAACUUCAAAAUAUUAGAUGAUAAUUCUUCAUCACUCUUAUUUUCUAUUGGUUCUGUUUUUAAUAAUUGUCUAUUGAGACCUGAUAUGUUCCCUCAUUACUGCUAUCAUUUUAGUACUCAUGUUAAAUAUUUGGUCUUAGGAUAAUAUUUUAUAGGCUGCAGUAUGUAAACAAAUAUUUUAAGAUGCUCGGUGUCCUUUUAAUUAUGUGCAGUGUUUGAGAAAUGGUCAUUCUCAUUUCCAAGACUGUUACAUUGAAACUUUCAUUAUCAUGUACUUAUAAGGCAUCCUACAGAUCUGGCUCCCUGUCUGUCAUGAUGUUAUACCUGUACCUAGAUGUCACUGAUGGGAACAUAUUUUAUAAAUCACAUUAAAUAUCUUUGCUAGUCUUA